UAUAGCCUGCUUAGGUCUGAUCAGCCUAAGUCACACAGUCCCCUGCAACCCUCUGCAGGCUUGUCUACAAGGGUCUCCCCCCCAUUCAAGUUCAUACUCCUCAGAAACAGUGAGCUUGGAGUGUUCCUUUUUUCUUCAUCACCCACUGACAAAGAAAUCCAGAUGACACAGAAACCACUGAAGACAAUACCUGGAAAAUGGCAGUUUUGGAAAUAACUUUGGCUGUCAUCCUGACUCUACUGGGACUUGCCAUUCUGGCUAUUUUAUUAACAAGAUGGACACGGCGCAAGCAAAAUGAAAUUGAUGUCUCAAGAUACAGUUCAGAACAAAGUGCUGGUCUUCUGGACUAUGAGGAUGGUAGAGAUGUUCCCUCUCAGAGAUCUGAAAGAGGAAGAGGAUUCCGUCAUUUGUAUUCAACAGAAAGUGACACUUCAUAUGAUGAUCAAGAGGGAUCCAAAAGAGAUUACACACCAUCAGCCAACUCCUUAGCACUAUCUCGAUCAAGUAUUGGAGAACAAAGAGGUGAUGCAAAAACCCUCAAAGUAACUCCAGAACCUUUAUCAGGUUCAGCAGGACCUAUAACUGGAACCAUUGGACCCAUAAUGCAAUUCACAGCACCAAUUCCAGGAGCUACGGGACCUAUCAAGCUCUCUCAAAAAACCAUUGUGCAAACUCCAGGACCUAUUGUGCAAUAUACUGGGCCCAGUGGUGAAACUUCAGAAAUGACUACUACAGGAUCCUCUUUAGGAUCAACUCGUCACAAGAACAUUGGAUCAGUUCCACCUGCCCUCACUGGUCCACCACCUUCAAUGCCCAGAGGUGUGCCCCCGCCUCCCAUAAUGAUUUCACAGAGAACCUCAACAAGACCUGAGAAACCUAAGACAAGACAAGAAGAACCAACACAUGGAGUAUUACCUAUCAUAAUUGGUCCAGUAGCAGCUGUGGACAGUUCUGGAAAAAUCACACUAUCUCCUAUGGAAAAGACAACAGAACCCUGCAUUAAGACUCCAGAAUCUGUUGUUGUGACUUCAAAACCUGUCGAAACUACCUCAGGACAAACUGAAACCUGUCCAACCUAUAGCAGCCAACAUUCAGCAAUCAGAGGAGCUGUUCAGAAAAUUCCCAAACCGGCAUCAUCCAUUAGAUUUGCUGAACCAAUUGCAAAUGUCCCACCACUUCCUCGUAGAGUUGGGAGAACCAGUGCACAAGCGCCACCACUUCCCAGGUCAACUCCAGUACCCACAAAUAAUUUGAAAGAAGAUUCAGAAACAGAAGUAAAAAGUAGGACUACAGACUCAAGAAAAACUAUCCCAAAACAGGAUAUUCAUUUGAGAAUUCAGAUAGUCCCAUACCAAAAUAACCAAAAUGGUCCUAAAUACCAAAAUAAGGGAGAAGUAAGUGGCCCUGAGAAGUCUUAUGAAAAGAGACAAAAACAGAAAACUGGAGUGAAAGUUGGAACGCAUCCUGAGAAAACUCAGAGUAAAGAAGAGAGAAGAGUAAAAAGAGACAAAAGAAAGGAUACUGAGAAAGACAUGGACAAGGAAAAGAAAAUAGCUAAGGGGCAAUUGAAGGACAGAGGUGGUGAAAAAUAUAAAGGUGAAGAAGAAGAAAGGGUAAACAUGAAAAAUAAGGGAGAUGAGAACAUGGAGGAUAAAGACAAGAAGGAAGAUAAAAAAUUAAAGGAGAAUAAAUACAAGGAGAAGGAAAAUAACAAAAAGGAUAAGGUCAAGAAAGGACAUGAGAAUAAGAGAGAGGACAAAGACACAAAGGGAGAUGAAGACAAGACAGAGGACAGGGACAAGAAGGGAGAUGAGGGCAUAAAGAAGGAUGAGGACAAGGACAAUAAGGGAAAUGAAGACAGGAAAGAGGACAAGAACACAAAAGGAGGUGAAGACAAGACAGAAGACAGGGACACAAAGGUAGAUGAGAGAAAGGAGGAGGAGGACAAGAACAAUAAAGGAGAUGAAGACAGGACAGAAGACAGGGACAAGAAUAGAGAUAAGGACAUAAAGGAGAAUGAGGACGAGGACAAUAAGGGAGAUGUGGACCGGACAGAGGAUAGGAACAAGAAUAGAGAUGAGGACAUAGAGGAGGAGGAGGACAAAGACAAUAAUGAAGAUGAGGACAUAAAAGAAGAUGAGGACAAGGACAAGAAUGAAGAUAAGGACAGGAGAGAGGACAGGGAAAGGAAUGGAUAUGAGGACAUAAAGGAGGAUGAGGACAAAGACAAGAAUGAAGAUGAAAUAAAAGAGGAUGAAAACAAUGACAAUGAGGGAGAUGAGGACAGGACAGAGAACAGAGACAAGAAUGGAGAUGAGGACAUAAAGGAGGAUGAUGACAGGACAGAGGAGAAAGACAAGAAAAGAGGUGAAGACAAGACAGAAGACAAGGAUAUGAAAGGAGAUUCUAUGAAAAAAAAGGAUAAAAUAAAGGUGGUUAAAGAGGACAAGAAGAACAUGGACCCAAAAGAAGGCAAGGGAAAGAAAAUGGGCAGUAAGAAAAGGGUAUCAUUGAGAAAAACUCCACAUUUCAUAAACUAACAAAACAAUUGAAUAAUUUUGCUCCAACACAUAAACUUCAAAAAACUAAAUCCCCAUCUUCUAUGAUAGAGAUUAAAAUAAUGCAUUCCUUACAUUCUUUUUAGUCACAAAUUUUCUGUUCCUUUACUUGUAAUCUGGCAAAAUCUCCUUCAGAAAUUGCUUAUUUUUAGAUCUCUCAGUUUCAAACUUCAGCUGCCAAAUGUGAGUUUUUCAAAAUGUAUGUUCAUGAUGUAUCAUUGUCAGGAAAAUACAAUUAAAUAAAAAUUAAAUAAUAUUCUGAUUAAAGAA